GUCGCAGCGGAGGGAAAGGGAGCGGGGCGGCGGGGCGCUGGCGGCGGCGGCGGCGGCGGCGGGGCGGAGGAUCCGGCGGGAGCAGCGAGAGCGUCUUGGGGGCGAAGGGGCGCCCGGUGGGCCGCCUCGGCCCGGACCAUGCCGAUCCUCCUCUUCCUCAUAGACACGUCCGCCUCCAUGAACCAGAGGGCCUACCUGGGCACCAGCUACCUGGACAUCGCCAAGGGCGCCGUGGAGCUCUUCAUGAAGCUUCGGGCCCGAGACCCGGCCAGCCGCGGCGACAGGUACAUGCUGGUCACCUUCGACGAGGCGCCGUUCUGCAUCAAGGCUGGAUGGAAGGAAAAUCAUGCCACUUUCAUGAACGAACUGAAAAAUCUGCAAGCUUCAGGAUUGACGACUCUUGGACAGGCCCUGAGAUCAUCGUUUGACCUGCUAAACCUCAACAGAUUAGUGUCUGGAAUAGACAACUAUGGGCAGGGAAGGAACCCUUUCUUUCUAGAGCCAUCUAUUUUAAUUACCAUCACAGAUGGAAACAAACUGACAAAUACUUCUGGUGUUCAAGAGGAGCUUCAUCUUCCUCUGAAUUCCCCCCUGCCUGGUAGUGAGCUAACCAAAGAACCAUUUCGCUGGGAUCAAAGGCUCUUUGCCCUUGUGUUGCGCUUGCCUGGAGCCUCUUCUGUGGAACCAGAACAGCUUGGAAGUGUUCCCACAGAUGACUCUGCUAUCACACAGAUGUGUGAAGUCACAGGAGGACGCUCAUAUUGUGUUCGAACACAAAGAAUGUUGAACCAGUGUUUAGAAUCGCUAGCUCAGAAAGUUCAAAGUGGUGUUGUCAUUAAUUUUGAAAAAUCAGGACCAGACCCACCCUACAUUGGGGAAGAUGGACUUGUUGACACCACAAGGCCAGUCAGCUCUUUUGGUUCUCAGCCUUGGCACAGCUGUCAUAAACUUAUCUAUGUGCGGCCAAACCCUAAAACAGGAGUUCCUGUUGGACACUGGCCAAUUCCAGAAUCUUUUUGGCCUGAUCAAAAUUCGCCAACCCUGCCUCCUCGCACAGCCCAUCCGGUGGUGAGGUUCUCCUGCAUGGAUUGUGAGCCCAUGGUGAUCGAUAAGCUUCCGUUUGACAAGUAUGAGCUUGAGCCAUCACCUUUAACACAGUACAUCUUGGAGCGAAAGUCACCUCAUGUGUGCUGGCAGGUGUUUGUAAGCAGCAGUGGAAAAUAUAGCGAGCUGGGUCAUCCCUUUGGGUACUUGAAGGCCAGCACCACCCUCACAUGUGUCAAUCUGUUUGUGAUGCCUUACAACUACCCUGUUUUGCUUCCUCUGCUAGAUGACUUUUUUAAGGUCCACAAACUUAAGCCAAAUCUGAAGUGGCGCCAAGCUUUGGACAACUACAUAAAAACCAUGCCUCCAUACUACUUACUGCCAUUAAAGAAAGCCCUAAGGAUGAUGGGAGCUCCAAAUCUGAUAUCAGAUAAUUUAGAUUGUGGACUUAGUUACAGUGUUAUCUCUUACCUUAAAAAACUCAGCCAACAGACGAAAACUGAGUCAGAGCGGAUAAUAGCAUCUGUGGGUAAGAAACCACCACAAGAGACGGGUAUUAAAGUGAAAAAUCACUCCAGUGGCCUCUCCUUGAUCCAGAGCAGGGAUUUCAAACAGCUCCUUCAAGGGAUCUCCGGGGAAUCUCUGCUGAGGCUGCCUGACAUGAGCGUGAAGGAGUUUGCUGGAUUCCACAUAGGACUCUUGAACAAGGAUCUGAAGCCACAAGCAUACAGGAAUGCUUAUGAUAUUCCUCGACGCAGCCUUCUAGACCAGCUGACCAGAAUGAGGACUAAUCUGUUGAAAACACAUAAGCUUAUUCUAGGCCAGGAUGAAGAUUGCCUUCACAGUGUUCCUGUGGCUCAGAUGGGAAAUUACCAGGAAUACCUGAAGAUGAUGCCUUCUCCACUUCGGGAAAUUGACCCAGACCAACCCAAAAGGCUUCAUACUUUUGGUAAUCCUUUCAAGCAGGAUAAGAAGGGAAUGAUGAUCGAUGAAGCAGAUGAAUUUGUUGCUGGUCCUCAGAACAAAAUCAAGCGUCCAGGGGAGCCCAACACUCCUGCCUCCUUGAAGAGAAGGCGUAGCAUGUCUCCACUCUUGAGGCGACCCCAGUCACCCCCGGUUGUAGCCAAUCAUGUUGGGGGAAAGGGCCCUCCGUCUGCUGCAGGGUCUCCAUCCAACCCUAGUCUUAAAGCCAUACCAGCUUUCAAAGAAACAAAUAGCAAUAUGGUCCAAGAUGGCAAUGGUGACAAGAAGGUGGAAAACUUUCAGUCUCUUGACAAACAGGGAGAUGGGCUGCUGACACAUCUGGUUCCAAUGCCCCCUUCUGCUGUGAUGGAUGAUGACCUGCCAAAUGACGUGGAUUCGCUGACCAGUGAGCUGAACUGCAUUGGGGAAGACGGACUAGACCACAGACCCCUUACUAAUUCCCUUGUUCGGGGACCUGUGAACUACAGCGUGUCUUCAGAGGACCAAAAGCUAAUCUCAGAGCCACCGUCAGGAACCGUACCAAACUCAGUGAAAAUAACACCCAGUAUGUUUGAAGGGAACAACGAAGUUAUCAAAAUUAAAGUUAUGAAGGAGGUCCGCAAGCCUGGGAGAAAUUAUGAAAAAAUCUUCUCCCUGCUCGAAGAAGUGCAAGGCCCUGCUGCAGUUCAAAAGUAUUUCAUUGAAUUUGCUAUCAAAGAGGCAGCAAGGUUUAAAAAACGGGUCUUAAUUCAGCACUUAGAGAGAAUUCUAGAGGAAAUAGAGUUCAGCAGCCUGCCCAACAGAGUUAAUCAUGUCAACAGUAGAUAAUAGUGUGCCAAGAAGACGCAUGCACGGGCCAGGGAGAACACGUCAGCUGUGUCGCAGAGGAGCGGAAGAGGACAUGGCGGCAGCGACCCCUGCCACCCUGGCAGCCAGGCUGUUUUUCUGUUGGAGUCUAAGAAGAUGAAGAGGAAGGAGAGAAAGGAGAAGAAGAGGAAGGGUGGAGUUUUUACGUUUGCGAACCUCUUUCGCCGGAGACCGGGCUGUGACCUCGAUGGAUUUGCUGCAGAAGGCGUGGCUUCCUCCCUCCCUGCUCUACUUUGGAGGGCCUGAUCCGCUCAAUGGGCCGAAGACAAAUACCCAGUGCUGCCCUCCUGCAGGUGAUGAAAAUUUAACUCACUUGAACCUUUGUUCUAAGACACUUUAAAAAAACAAAAAAAAAGCCACAAUGCUGCUGCUUUAGGCAGCGGGUCGAAUCUUUCAAAGACAGGAUGGCACACGCUUUAUCUGCACUUGUGUUGGAAUGAUCCUUUGACCUUAAAAAAAAAAGGAGGAGAGGGAGAAAAGAGAAAUCCCUCUGUGGUUGUAGUGCAUGUUGUCGCUAUAGACCUGAAGGUCCAAACUCCCCAAGAACUGCUAGCCGAUCCAGGCACAAGUUUUCAGGGUAAAUUGAAUUUUGAAAGUUAAAAGGAGCUGCUAAAACUGGGUUGAGGAAAGCUGUCGAGAGCCCCGUGACUACUGUCGGUGGUAGCCACUAAGCAACCUACCUCAGCCUCUCUUCUCUUUUGUCUGCAGACAUUAUGAAAAGCGCGCCCGAGGCUCCCCCAGGUCCAGACUUCAGUUCUCUUUCAUCUUGUGAGGAGGACGGAGACUCUUCACGUGGACUUGGCUUUGGAAGCGCUUAAAGGAAACUUUGGGUGCAAUAAAAAUUAAAAAACAAAACACUGAAAGAACACAACUCCCUUUCCUUCCCUAGUCUAUAUAUCUCUAUAUAUCUAUAUCUAUAUAUAUUUUACUUUUUAAAUGUUCAUAUGAGAGGAGAUUAUUUUGGACAGUGUUGUUUACCAGAUCCUUACUUUGAUAUAUCAAAACUGUGUGUGCUUGCGUGCGUGUGUGUACAUAUAUAUAUAUAUAUAUAUAUUAUAUAUAUAUAAACAUGUAUAUGAGAGAUUUUUUUUGAGCACUUGUACAUAAUAAAAAGAACAUUUUAUGAUU